AUGCAAAAUUCUAACAAUCAAACUUCUCAGCAUCACCACCCUCUUGGAUGGAUUGCAAGAGCUGAGAAAUGCUUCAAGAAACAAAUGCAUGCAAAAACAAUUGAGCUUGAAAUGCAAAGAGGUUUGCACCAAAAUCUGAAAUUUGAGCUUCAACAACUCAAAACAGCUCUAAACGUAUUGAACAUCUUUGAAGAUGAUGAUAAGGAGGAGGAGGUAGACUUGGAGUUUUUCAACAAGUUUAGUGCUUUGGAGAAUGAUCUAACAAAGAAGAAAGAGUUGAUAGAAGAGUUAGAAACAUUGAACCAAGUUCUUACGGUCAAAAGGACCGUGAGAUGA